CUCCGCGUGAAACACCACUAUGCUUAAAAUUUUCCCUCCUCACCCCCAGAUUCCACUUCCCCAUUUGCCAGGGCUGCCUUUAUAAAGAGCCAGGGAGAUGGUCUCCCACUGCAGAGGGACAGAGGCAGCAGCAAGCACCGAGUCCACCUCGGCUCCACUGACGCUCAAGCCCACACUCCGUCUCGCAGCACCAUGAAGGCACCCGCGGCUGCUCUCGCUGUUCUUCUCUGCACCAUGGCCCUCUGCAGCCAGGUCUUCUCGGCACCAUUUGGCGCUGACACCCCAACGGCCUGCUGCUUCUCCUAUGCCGCCCGGCAGCUUUCUCGCAAAAUCAUAGCUGACUAUUUUGAGACCAGCAGCCAGUGCUCCAAGCCUGGUGUCAUCUUCCAGACCAAAAGAGGCCGGCAGGUGUGUGCCAACCCCAGUGAGGACUGGGUCCAGGAAUACGUCACCGACCUGGAGCUGAAUUCCUGAGUGGCCUGGAAACUUUGAGGAACCCAGUGACCUCAGGGGCCCGACUGGGCAGCAGGGGUCUGAGCACCCCUGUCGCCUCCAUAUCUACCUCUCCUGGGCGCUGGUUGUUGUCAAACAGCCACACUCUGGGACUCGUCCCUAACUGAGAUUGCAACUUAUUUAUAUAUACUAUUUAAUAUUUGUAAUUUAAUUUCAGUGCCCCACUGGGGUCUGGGACUGUUUGCUCCAAGAGGUCCCGAGAUACUUUUUCACCAGCCUUCCCACCCCCCCUUCACUUGCACUGUGGAGGCAGCUGAGCGACUGUCGCCAGCUUGUUCUGGACAGAGAUGGCGCCAAUGCUGCCAGACCGACACUGGUACUGGACGUUUCUGUUCAGUGUUGUGUUCAGCCCAGAGAAAUAAUAAAGAUGCUCCUUUGGAAAGUAAA